AUGAACGCUGACAAACUCCAAAAGCUCCAAGCUCAAGUCCGUAUUGGUGGUAAGGGUACUCCCCGUCGUAAGGUCAAGAAGACUGUUAACAAGGCUGGUUCCGGUGAUGACCGUAAGCUCUCUGCUGCCCUCACCAAGUUGAACGUUCAACCUAUUGCUGGUGUUGAUGAGGUCAACAUGUUCAAGGAUGACGGUAAGGUCAUUCACUUUGCCAACCCUCGUGUUUCCGCUGCUGCCAAUGCCAACACUUUUGCCAUCCACGGUCGUUCCACCGAGAAGGAAUUGGCUGAACUCAUCCCUGGUAUCUUGAACCAAUUGGGUCCUGAUUCCAUGGCUGCCCUCAAGAAGCUUGCUGAAUCUUUCCAACAAGCUCAAGGUGGUGAAGCUGCCGGUGCUGAUGAUGAUGAGAUCCCUGAUUUGGUUGAGAGCUUCGAUAAGGCUGAGGUUGAGGAUAAGGCCGAGGCUGCCACUGAGGAGAAGAAGGAAGAGUCUGCUUAA